AUGGCUCCCAUCCUUCGCAAUAACCAGGACAGGGACAGCAGCAACUACCAGCACCACUGUGGUCUGUGCAAUCGCGCCCCGGGUAACCGCUGCUUCAAGCAAAGCCAUGUCGCUUACUGCGAGGCCUGUGGUGACAUCUUCACAGUUCGGAGCAGCAAGUGCGGUGGUGGCUGUCUUAGCCAUCCCUACUCUAGAGGCUACAAUCUGAGGUACAAGAAGCUCAAGUCCAAGCUGCCUGCUGACGACAGGAAUGAUCACGAUCUCAACUUGGAGGCUGAAGCUCGCGAGCAGAUGAAAGCCGAGGCUGAGAAGAAGCAGCAAGUUGCGGCUGCGAACGAGGCCGCGAAGGAGAAGGAGCUAACAAACAAGGAGAAGAAGAAGUUGAGGUUUAUCCAGAAGGGUAAGCGGUACAAGUAG